UUCGAAGAAACACAUAUACUUAACCUCAUACCAAAUUUCUAGAACGAUCCAACGACGGAUUCGCACAGGAUCUUACCUCUAAUCUACUGUCCUGCUACAGAAAAACAGUAUCGCACCCCUUCUGUCCAGCGACUUUCCUCGAUGAACCAGAGAUCAUAUCGAUGAUCCCAACGGUCAAAUCGUAUCCAAAGAAGUAUGAAACCCAACCUACAAAUCUCAGGAUGAUCCAACGGCUUGAUUGUCCGAAAUCGUCCUUCUCACAGGCUGUCCUGCUGCUGGACGGAAAUUGGCAGCACCCUCUUUGCUUCCUUCUUCUUCUUCCUCUUCCUCUCCUUGAUACGCUUUUCUUUCUAGCUUUCACUCUUUGUUUCUGAAAGGGGGUGGUGGUUUUUGAGGUGGUGAAACCAGGUGGAAGAAAAAGAGCAAGAGAGGGACGUGGGAGAGAGUGAGGGGAAGGGAUGAGAAGGAAAA